UAGCCCGCCGACGGCGGGAAGGUUGGCGGAGUGUUGGCCUUCGCUGUUGUUCGUUAACAUUUGAGUCACACUCUGUGUCAUUAUGAACAAAGCGCCUCAGCGUGCGGGGGCCUCGCGUCGCGCUCGGACACCGACGUGGCGCUAAUCCUGACCGACACGACCCGAGCUGCGCGGAAGAUUCAAAUAGACAGCCCCCCACUCUCACAUUACGGGCAAUUUAGCGUCUCCGAUGAAGCGAACAAUGCGUGUUUUUGGGAUUGCGGGAGGAAGCCGAGCUCAGAUUCGAGCCCGGAACCUUCGACUGCGAUGCGGACGUGCCACCCGCUCGACCGACACGCUGUCACAUUUAACAGUCGCUUUUCACAACAGCUAACGAAGCAAAACUCUGGUGACGCUUUCAUCUCCUCCUCGCUCCCCCGCAAGCAACUCAGCCUCAGCCAAUGGCGUGGCGAGGAUGAGGACGAGGAGGAGGAGGAGGAGGGCUAUUUAUCAGCCCCGGCGUGCCCGAGCGAGCGUCACACCAUCUCGCAGGGAUGCUUCAGCCGCAGGCGCGCGUGCUGCUUGUGCUUCUGUUGUCCGCCGGGCCACUGGCGCGGGUCAGCGCCGGCGACCCCGACGCGGCAGACCGGCUCGCGGAGGGCCUCGGCGCCGACGCGGCACUCGACAAGGCCUUGACUCGCUCGCUCCUGCUGAGGCUCCUCUACGAAGCGGCGGCGGCGAGGGACGAGGCGCUCCCCGAGCUGGGCGUCGGCGUGGCGUUGAUGCGGCGACACCUCCCGCUCUCCCAAAGAGAGCGCAAGGCGGGUUGCCGCAACUUCUUCUGGAAGACUUUCACCUCCUGUUGACACCGUGAUCAUUUUCAUUGCAUUAUUUUGUGUUCAAAACCUACAACGCCAAACAUAUGCGAUACUUUUUGAGUUUUUCCAAGUGGGAAUGAACGCAGUUCAUUUACUGCACCUUUGUUCGGCUAUCGAUGCAAGCGACAUAUAUACUGUAGUUCACGUUAAGUUAAUUUGUGAGUAAAUUGAGAAAAAAAAAUCAGUUCAGUGCAUAUACGUUUUGUGGCAUGGGUGGUGUGCUGUGAGAUUUGAUGAUAAAAUAUGCGCCUUGGCUCAUUAAGAGUUGGGGAAAACUGCUUCAUACAUCAUCA